CUGAGAACUUCACCUACGAAGAAAUACGUUGCGCUUCAUUUCUUAGUUCGGGACUGAGUGCGGAAUCUCAUUUGCCAUCUGAACAAAUCGCCUUUUGUUCUCAGCAACAUCAGUAAAAACAGGAAGCGGUCUAGUGAUUCUUGUGAACGAAAUUCGCGUGCCUAAUAUGACCCGUUAGAUCAGACGGAAAAAGUUGAAUUGCUAAAAAAGAAAAAGAAAAAAACGCAGAGAAAACAGGUAUAGAUGCGCACUACCCAUGUCUGAGUGUGGGUAUAUGAAUACAAUAACAUCGCAGAAAACCUGAAGAGAAGAAAGAGAGAGAGAAAUUGAAAGAAAAAAAAAGAUCAAGAUCGGAAGAUAUUUUGUUUGAUGUGAAAGUUUAGAGAAAAGCUUACGGCAGAAAAGUGUAAACAUCUUCGAUUGAAACAGAUGGAUCCAAGAAUUUUAUCUUCUAAGUAAAAACAUUAUGUUUAAUAGAGAUCUAGAAUUAUGAAUCGGAUGGGAAAGGUAGCUCCUGCGUUUUGUUUCUUCAUACUUUUAUUUACUAGUCAUGUGUAUUCUGAGCUACCAUCAAUUAGACCUGUGCCGUGUUCAAAUCGUAUGACUGGUGAGUUUGGUGUCUGUACGUUCAACUGGUCUUGCAUCAAUGUGGCCCAUGGUGUACACAUCGGCCCUUGCGUGGACCGAUUCUUUGUUGGCACCUGCUGUAAAAUCCCCCAGGGGACAGCAGAACAAGGACAAGGACCAAGAAAAUCCGACUCCUACCCCUACUCCGGCACCCGCACCGGCACCUCCGACAAUGGUGUCGGACAAGGAACGGGAAAAGUCGGCAAAAUGCCCCCAUAUUCUCAGUUUCUUCGCACAGUGGCCCCAAAAGCUCAAAAAGAAAAAUUAAAUGGAGCCAAGCCUAUACAUUUGAUUGAUAUAGGACAUUUCAACGUCAGUUUAAGUUCCGUAGACUAUUAUGAUUUUCAGUACAACGGGACAUCUCUCCCACAUCAUGAACAAUCUCUUAAACUUAACAAUGCAACUGACUCUGAACAAAAUCCACCAGUGGAUUAUUGGAAUUUCACAUCAUCAUCCACGCAGAAACUGAUUCCAUCUGCUUCAUUCUUUUAUACCAUACUUUUCUCAAAUUACAGCAAGUCUGAAUCCAAUAAAGAAUCUCUUAAUAAAACUGUUGAUUCAGUAAUCGCUUCGCUUGGGAAAAAUUACUCAUCUAUUCAUCCACUUAGUAGCCCUAACAGUGACAUAUCAUAUACAGAAACAACAUCAUCACCUUCUAAUACAGCAUCUUCAGUCCUCGUUGAAUCACCGUACGUGUGGAGAAAACCAGUGACCGUGCAUCAUGCACAUGAUCAAAGAAAACCUCUGAAACCUCAUGAACAGCAUAAUCUCCGAAAACCAGUAAGUUACGAUACAUCUCAUGAUUUGAGAAGACCAGUAACUUUCUAUAACAUUCAUGAUCAAAGAAAACCUUUAAAACCGUAUGAUCAGCAUGAUCUUCGAAAGCCAGUGGGUUUGGAAGAAGACCAUGAUCAGCGAUGGCCUGUUUUAGAUGAAGAAGACCAUGAUCAGCGAUGGCCUGUUUUAGAUGAAGAAGACCAUGAUCAGCGAUGGCCUGUUUUAGAUGAAGAAGACCAUGACCAACGAUGGCCUGUUUUAGAUGAAGAAGAUCAUGAUCAAAGAUUGGCAGAAACAGAAGAAGAAUUCCAUAAUCAACGAUUUCCGAGUGUAUCUGAUGAAAAUAGAUUGCCUAUUGAGCAUUUAUUUAAGUGGAUUGGCAAUCAUUAUACCAAUUCAAAUCAUCUUUCUCCAGGGUCAGAUUAUUCAAGUGUCAUUCCAGCAUCAGAAAUGAAAACAAUUGCAGUUUCAAUAAACAGCAUGCCGGCAACAGAGCCUACUCUAUUUCCAUUUUCUUCGACAUCUAAUUUCUCUGAGGAAUCUACAAUUCUAAACUCCGGACAACAAGAUAUAUUCUCAACCAAAGUAUCAACUACAACACCAUUUUCUUUCCAAGAGAAUACCAACUUUUUAUCAAAUUUUACACUUUUUAUUCGUCCGACAUCUUCUAGGCCAUCAUACAAGCCAUUUCAGCAACUUCCAGAGCCGAAUCCUACUGGAGCGAAAAUAAUUCUGAACGAUACUACUCAAGUAUGUGGCAGGUCUAGAAGUGGUACAACAGCUAGAAUUGUCGGAGGAAUUAAAUCGCAUUACUUACGCUGGCCUUGGAUGAUUUCACUGCGCCGACUUGAUGGGAAAUCUUACAAGCAUAAAUGUGGGGCAACAUUACUUAACCAAUACUGGGCUAUAACAGCGGCUCAUUGCAUUGACGGUAAACGACCCAUGGAUAUAAUAUUACGCCUUGGAGAAUACAACUUUCGCAGAGCGGAUGAGAUGCAUCCUCACGUGGAACGUCGAAUAUACGUCAUGGUCAUUCAUCCUGAAUUUGACCGCGUAACGUAUGAAAACGAUCUAGCUCUGUUACGGUUCCAGGAACCUGUUAAACUCCAAGCCAAUAUUGUUCCUGUUUGCCUACCGCGUAAUCUGGAUGACAUCACUGGGCGCAUUGCAGUCGUUACAGGCUGGGGUAGAUUAUCCGAAGAUGGAGACUUGCCUACUUCCUUGCAUGAAGUUCAUUUGCCUAUUGUUUCAAAUAAGGAAUGUGAACAGAUGUAUUACGAAGCGGGAUUUGCUGAAAAAAUCCGUGAUGUAUUCGUAUGUGCAGGAGUUUCAGAUGGUGGUCUGGAUGCUUGCGAGGGUGAUUCUGGAGGACCUAUGGUUAUCAGAGGUGAUCAUGGCGAAUGGGUUUUAGUUGGGCUGAUAUCUUGGGGAAUGGGCUGCGCUGCACCAAAGCAGCCUGGUGUGUACACAAGAAUAUCACAAUUUACAGAAUGGAUCGAAGGAAUUAUCGCUCACUGAACUGCCAUUUUUGUGACAAUUGUCAAGAUUCGUGAAACGAAUGAAAACCGACAAAAAAUUUUGUUUGCAAACGCUAUGCUGCUUUUGCUAGAUAUCCAUUGUCUUAACAACGUAUCAACUGACAUUUUUUUCUUUAUUAUUUUUUAUUUGUUAUUCAUAUCAUAUUUGUUAACUGAUAAUUGAUUUUUAGUAUUUCAAUGUCUUGUGUAUUAUUUUAUGUCAUCUCAUUAUCAUUAACUGCCAUUAAGUUUUUUUUUAUUGUUACUCCAAU